AUGCAUCGCGUUUCAAACUACACUGAUCCGAAAAGAAUCAAAAAUGGUAAAGCCUAUUCACUUCAAGCAAAAAUUAUUGUCAAAACAAUUUCUCUACAGUUGGAGAUGAUCAGAAAAGGUACAUAUGCUGAGUAUGUUAAAGAGGCGAACAGUCAAGGAUUUCGCAUGCCACUGCGUACGGAUGGUUACGAAUACGGCCAGAUAGCAGCUAUUGGAGAUCCAGAACAGCUGGCAAUGCUAUGGAUAGAUACCUAUACACCGCUGCUUUGGGUCCCACACAUAGAUUGCGGCGUGUAA